AUGACCAACUCAGAACAAGUUUUGCAGGCGAACUCGGUUGCGGAGUCCGGUGAUGAUCGCAAGCAACCAGCUUCGCUCAAAGAGUUGGCGGCAGAACGUCCGCAAUCGUCUCGAGCCCCGGCCGAUCUGAACCAGGCCUCACCAAAGAUGCAGGUGCACGACCUUUCGGUUUACUACGGCGAAACGCGCGCCGUGAGCGAAGUGUCCCUCUCGAUUCCUCGCCAGUGUGUCACCGCCCUGAUUGGUCCCUCUGGGUGCGGAAAAUCGACCUUCUUGCGGUCGCUCAAUCGGAUGAAUGACAUGGUUGACGCUGCCCGGAUCGAGGGGAAGGUUCUGCUCGACGAACGGGACAUAUACGACCGCCGAACCGAUGUGGUGAAGCUGCGGAAACGCGUCGGAAUGGUCUUUCAGAAGUCGAAUCCAUUUCCCAAGUCGGUCUUCGAGAACAUCGCCUACGGUCCACGUGUUGCAGGAAUUAGCAACAUGUCCAAGUUGCGUGAAAUCGCCGAGCAGUCGUUGCGCAGGGCCGCGCUCUGGGAUGAGGUCCGUGAUCGACUCGACAAAUCGGCACUCGAUCUCUCCGGCGGGCAGCAGCAACGGCUGUGCAUCGCUCGGGCCCUGGCCACCGACCCUGAAGUGCUUCUGAUGGACGAGCCCGCUUCAGCGCUCGAUCCGGCCUCGACGUCGAGGAUCGAAGAUCUGAUCUUCGAGCUGCGAGAACAGUACACAAUUGUGAUUGUUACUCAUAAUAUGCAACAGGCCGCUCGGGUGUCGGACCAGACGGCGUUCUUUUACCAAGGACUACAUCACCGGACGUUUUGGAUAAACGCCAUGAGUAAGCAAAUCAAACAUGGCUUGGAUGCCCUGCAGCAAAGUAUUUUGGCGAUGUCGGCCAUGGUCGAGGAGAUGAUCGACAAUGCAUACCUUGCAUUGCAACAGCAAGAUCCACACUUGGCCGAGGCGGUGAUCCAGGCCGACGUGGAAGUGAACAAGCGCGAAGUUCAAAUUGAAAACCAGUGUCUGGAGAUCUUGGCCCGCCAGCAGCCUGUCGCGGCCGACCUCCGCCGCACGGUCACUGUGCUAAAGAUCAACAACGACUUAGAACGCAUUGCCGAUCUCGCAGUGAACAUUGCCGAACGAGUGAAGAGCCUUUCUCAAUUGGACCGCAUACCUGUCCUAGAGAUUAUGCGGGACAUGGCUGAUACCGCGAUUGCGAUGGUGCGAAUGGCGUUGGACGCGUUCGUGAAUCUUGAUGUCGAAAUCGCCCGUUCUGUCUGCCAACGGGACGAUGAAGUGGACAAUGCCAACCGUCAGGUGAUCGACCGCCUGCGCGGGGUGAUGCAGUCCGACUCGAGCGCGAUUGAAGCGGCCCUGCAUUAUUUUUCCGCUUCACGACACAUUGAACGAAUGGCAGACCAUGCCACGAACAUAGCAGAAGACGUGAUCUACCUGGUCCAAGGCGAAAUAGCCCGGCACCGGGAUGACGAAACCGAGUUGAUGCGAUUGGAAUCGAUGUAA